ACUACAUACCACAUAUUUUUAAGGGAAAUAAUAUAGUGUCGAUUUCAGUAUUAUACUGUUUUUACCGCACGGUCUGUUCGAUUUCAGGAUCUUUUCAAUUUGCUGCCACUAGACAUUCACAACAGCGAUCAUCAUGAGUUACUGGAGAGCCGCUGGAUUGAACUAUGUUAAUUAUUCCAACAUUGCUGCAAAAGUUGUAAGAAGAGUGUUAAAACCAGAACUCCAAGCUAAUGCAAGCAAGCGCGAUGAAACACAUGUAAAAUUUACCCCAUGGGUUAAAGGAAAGCCAUCCAAUGAAAAAGCUUGAACUUAUAUAAAUUAAACAAUUGAAAAAUUGUUAUACAUUUUU